GCCUUUAUUUAACUACGUUAACUACCUAAUAGGGGGAAAAGAAUAUAAACACCCAAAAGAAAGCACCUCUUGAGAAAAAGAAGGGAUCUAGUGGCGGCGGGAAUCUGCCAUGAAAGAAUAUCCCUAUGGAAUUGUCGGAACACAUGUGUCAUCAUCGGCAUAAAUAGGUACUGAGUUGCUCUAUUCCAUGAGCUUUCGUGAAAGCAGAUAGUUUACCCUUCUUGUAGACCUCCAUGACCCAUGCAUGGUACCCAAUGGUACCUGUAAGGCAUCAAGCACGUUUGAAGUACGGUAAACUGUAAAGUACUCCGCUGAACGAUUGUUUUGCUAUUACAAAAAAAUGUUUACAAGAGGAUAUGACUUCGACUUAAGAACAUAACCUACAAAGAUGACAAAUUCAGUUACACAUUUAACUGAGGCUGAUCUCGAUGAUCCAAAGUAUCGAAUAAAACCUUAUCAACAAUUGAUUGCAUCAUGCACUGGUGCUCUAAUAACUUCAAUUUUUGUUACACCUCUGGAUGUUGUUAAAACUCGUCUUCAAGCACAACAAAAGGCAAUGUUAUCUAACAAAUGUUUCCUUUAUUGUAAUGGACUCAUGGAUCAUUUGUGUGCUUGUAAUGGAAAAGUACCGGCUUGGAUUCAAAAAAAUGGAAAAUUUAAUGGCACUUUGGAUGCUUUUGUUAAAAUUGGGAAAAAAGAAGGAGUAUUUUCACUUUGGAGUGGGUUGAGUCCAACCCUUGUUCUAGCUGUACCUGCCACAAUAGUCUAUUUUGUAUCUUAUGAACAACUCAGAUUAUAUCUGAAGGAUACUUAUAAUAAAAAUAGAAAAACUGAAGAUGGUAGUUUUUAUGACGAGCAGCCUUAUUGGGUACCAACUUUAGCUGGUGGUACAGCGAGAAUUUGGGCUGCAACAUUAGUCAGUCCAUUGGAGUUAAUCAGAACAAAAAUGCAAUCACAAAAACUUAGCUAUGCAGAAAUGGGGCAAGCUUUGAAAAUUGUCAUGAAAUAUAACGGAGUUUUUGGACUUUGGAUGGGAUUAAGUUCAACUCUACUACGAGAUGUACCUUUUAGUGCUCUUUAUUGGUUUCAUUACGAAACAUUUAAAAGAUCAUUUCCUGCUUAUGUGCAUCUAUUCAGUUUUAAUUUGUUAGCUGGUGCUGCAGCUGGUUCUGUGGCUGCUUUUGUAACUCUUCCAUUUGAUGUUGUGAAAACGCAUCGACAAAUAGAAAUGGGAGAAAAAGAAAUUUACACAAACAAUCCAAAUGGCCGCAGCAAUACUGUGACUAGCAUUAUUCGAAAAAUUUAUAGUCAAAGUGGAGUGAGAGGAUUAUUUACAGGACUUAUCCCACGUUUAGUUAAAGUUGCACCAGCUUGUGCCAUAAUGAUUGCAACAUUCGAAGAAGGAAAACGUUUUUUUCAUUCUCACAAUAAAACGUUGGCACUGGAAAAAGAUGUACAUUAUAAUAGUGAUAAUGAAUAAUCAAUUAUUAUUCAAAAAUUAUGAAUACUUUAUUACGGGUAAUUAAUGUAACUAUAAAAAAUUAUAUUAUUGAA